AUGGCUAAUGAAGAAUACGUAACAGAUUCAUCCUCCGACUUCACUGAAUAUUGGAUUGAUUUAUUUUUAGGUAUAAAAGGAAAUGAAUAUUUUUGUGAUAUUGAUGAUGAAUAUAUUCGAGAUAGAUUUAAUUUAACGGGAUUAAAUCAAGAAGUUUCGAAAUUACCAACAUUAAUAGAUAUAAUUACAGAUGUAAUAGAUAUCGAAUCACAACCAGAAGAUCAUAGAGAUGCUUUAGAGCAUAAUGCAAGAAUAUUAUAUGGUUUAAUUCAUGCAAGAUAUAUAUUAACAACAAGAGGUCUUAAUAAAAUGUUUGAAAAAUUUAGAAACGGAGAUUUUGGUUAUUGUCCAAGAGUUCAUUGUCAAUUAAAUCCUUUACUUCCUAUAGGUUUAAAUGAUCAACCAAGAAUGGCUAGUGUUAAAUUAUAUUGUUCAAAAUGUGAAGAUUUAUAUAAUCCAAAACUGGGUAGACAUUCAGUAAUUGAUGGUGCAUAUUUUGGUACUAGUUUUCCAGCAAUGUUUUUUCAAAAUUUUCCAAAUAUGGUUCCUAUACAUUGUAAAGAAACAUAUGUACCAAAAGUUUUUGGAUUUAAAUUACAUGAAUAUUCAAAAUUAAAUAGAUGGAGAGAAUUACAAAGAUUAAAAUUAGAAUCUAGAUUAAUUAAUAAUGGUAUACAAAUUAAUAAUGUUGUUGGUGGGUUUACAAAUGAUAAUAAUGGAAAGGUGAAUAGUCAACAAAUAGAUGAAGGAAGUAAUAAUGAAGAAGAAUAUAAUACAAAGAGUAAUAAUAGUAAUAAUAAUAAUAAUAAUAAUAAUAAUAAUAAUAAUAAUAAUAAUAACAAUAAUAAUAAUAUUAGUUUAAAUUCAAGUAUAAAAACAAAUUCAGCAAUAUCGCUACAACAGAGGUGA